AAUCUUUCCUCGAGAAACACCUCCCUGAGCGGAGGAGGAAGAACCCCUCUUGGAUAAUGAUAUAUAAAGAAAGACAGAUCAUGCCCUCGUCCCUCCAGAGCUCCAGUCGUCAUCCUGUCACUCCAUCAGACAGAGGAACUCAAUCACAGCUGUCAGUAUGGUGGGUCUGAAGCCGUCUGAUGUUCCUCCUCCUCUGGGUGUGAAGGUUCUCAGCGCAGGGACGGCCGCCUGCAUCGCUGAUUUAGUCACCUUCCCUCUGGACACCGCAAAAGUGCGGCUACAGAUCCAGGGAGAGAAAGCGGUGACGGGCGCAGCUGAAGGCAUCCGGUACAGAGGGGUGUUUGGGACCAUCAGCACCAUGGUGAGAACCGAGGGCCCGCGCUCGCUCUACAACGGCCUGGUCGCCGGUCUUCAGAGACAGAUGGCCUUCGCUUCCAUACGAAUCGGCCUCUACGACAACGUCAAGAGCUUCUACACACGCGGCAAAGACAACCCCAACGUGGGCAUCAGGAUCCUGGCAGGCUGCACCACCGGAGCGCUGGCCGUGUCUGUGGCUCAGCCCACAGAUGUGGUGAAGGUGCGCUUCCAGGCCCAGAUGAACCUGCAGGGGGUGGGCAGACGCUACAGCGGCACCAUGCAGGCCUACAGACAGAUCUUCCAGCACGAGGGGCUCCGGGGCCUGUGGAAAGGAACUCUGCCCAACAUCACGAGGAACGCGCUGGUCAACUGCACUGAACUGGUGUCCUACGAUCUCAUCAAGGAAGCCAUUCUCAAACAUAAACUCAUGCCAGACACUCUUCCGUGUCAUUUCGUGUCUGCGUUCGGAGCGGGGUUCAUCACGACGGUGAUCGCGUCUCCUGUGGAUGUGGUGAAGACGCGCUACAUGAACUCUCCUCCUGAGCAGUACAGGAGCUCCCUAAACUGUGCCUGGACCAUGAUGACCAAAGAGGGGCCCACCGCCUUCUACAAAGGUUUCGUUCCAUCUUUCCUGAGGCUGGGCUCCUGGAACGUGGUGAUGUUCGUGUCGUUCGAGCAGCUCAAGAGGGCCAUGAUGAUGUCCAGGACCAGGAUCGAGGCCACUGCCUAGAGCUUCACCUCAGACCCCUGAAAACCUUUCAAACGCACAUGAGCGGCUGUUUCAGAUUCCUCUGACAGGACGAUGACGAGAACAGUGUGACUUCCAGUUUCACACAGGCAACAUCACGACAGAAACACAUGACCGUCAUCCUUUCUCUUUCAGGGUAAACCGCUAGAAAAGCCACACAAUGAUCACACAAUGCACAAAGCUUCUGAAACUCCGCCCCUUGAUAAACCAAUGUACAUAAUGUUUAUGUAAUAUUUAUAUGUCCUCAUUUUUUAAGCAAUUAGAGCUUUGUUUAAAGCUUAAUGUUUAUUCAACCCUAAAUAUCCAACAACUAACCCUGGAAUGACCUAAAAAGUGUGGUCUUAUUACUGGAAACAACUGGAAAAGACAUAAAGAUAAGCACAUGCUUCAAUAAACACCUUUAUACAAC